ACACUUGGGGAGACAGUUUCAUGAGAUUCACCCUUGAAGUAUACAGAAAGAAAUCUUCAUACUGGUAUAUUAGAUCAACUGGAACCAGCUGCAAAUUUUAAUGUUCACUUAAGUGAGAACUUGUCUAAGACAAGAAUGAGAGUCUGGCUAAAUAAAGAUGACUGUGUCAGAGACUUAAAAAGGCUCAUCCUCUGUUUUUUAAUUUUGUAUAUGACUGUUUUAGUGGGCACAGAGCAAGAUUUUUACAGUUUACUUGAAGUAUCCAAAACUGCAAGCAGUAGAGAAAUAAGACAAGCUUUCAAGAAAUUGGCAUUGAAACUACAUCCUGAUAAAAACCCGAAUAAUCCAAAUGCACAUAGUGAUUUUUUAAAAAUAAAUAGAGCAUAUGAAGUACUCAAAGAUGAAGAUCUGCGGAAAAAGUAUGACAAAUACGGAGAGAAGGGACUUACAGAUAAUCAAAGUGGAGGCCAGUAUGAAAGCUGGAAUUACUAUCGUUAUGAUUUUGGUAUUUAUGAUGAUGACCCUGAAAUCAUAACAUUGGAAAGAAGAGAAUUUGAUGCUGCUGUUAAUUCUGGAGAACUCUGGUUUGUGAACUUUUAUUCCCCAGGAUGCUCACACUGUCAUGAUUUAGCUCCCACAUGGAGAGAUUUUGCUAAAGAGGUAGAUGGACUACUUCGAAUUGGGGCUGUUAACUGUGGCGAUGAUAGAAUGCUUUGUCGAAUGAAAGGAGUCAACAGUUACCCCAGCCUCUACAUUUUUAGGGCUGGAAUGGAUGCAGUUAAAUAUCAUGGUGACAGAUCAAAGGAAAGUUUAGUGAGUUUUGCCAUGCAACAUGUUAGAAGCACGGUGACAGAACUGAGGAAAGAAAAUAUGAAUAAUGUCAUACGCACUGCUUUUGCUGCUGGGAUUGGCUGGCUGAUCAAUAUUUGUUCCAAAGACAGAGACUGUUUGACUUCACAGACACUUCUCAGAAUUAGUGGCAUGUUGGAAGGUCUUGUUAAUGUAGGAUGGAUCGAUUGUACCACCCAGGAGAAUAUCUGUGAGAGUUUUGAUAAUAAAGCAAGUGUUGCUCUAUAUUUGCCUCCUGGAGUCAUUUCAGAUAACAAAGAAGACCAAAGUAUUCUGAUUAAUUCAUUGGAUGCUAAAGAAAUAUACUUGGAAGUAAUGCAAAAUCUUCCAGAUUUUGAACUACUUUCAGCAAACACACUAGAGGACCGUUUAGCUCAUCAUCGGUGGCUGUUAUUUUUUUAUUUUGGGAAAAAUGAAAAGUCAAAUGAUCCUGAGUUGAAGAAACUAAAAACUCUACUUAAAAAUGAGCAUAUUCAAAUUGGAAGAUUUGACUGUUCAUCUGCACCAGACAUUUGUAGUAAAUUAUACAUUUUUCAGCCAUGUUUAGCAAUAUUUAAGGGACAAGGAACCAAAGAAUAUGAAAUUCAUCAUGGAAAGAAAAUUCUGUAUGAUAUACUUGCCUUUGCCAAAGAAAGCGUUAAUUCCCAUGUUACUACACUCGGACCUCAAAAUUUUCCUGCCAGUGAAAAAGAACCAUGGCUUGUUGAUUUUUUUGCCCCUUGGUGUCCACCAUGUCGAGCUUUAUUACCUGAGUUACGAAAAGCGUCAAAACAUCUUUAUGGUCAACUUAAGUUUGGUACCCUGGAUUGUACAGUUCAUGAAGGACUCUGUAAUAGGUAUAACAUUCAGGCAUAUCCAACAACAGUGGUUUUCAACCAGUCCAGCAUUCAUGAAUAUGAGGGACAUCAUUCUGCUGAACAGAUCUUAGAGUUCAUAGAGGAUCUUAAGAAUCCUUCAGUUAUCUCCUUCACACCAACCACUUUUAAUGAACUAGUUAAAGAAAGAAAACGUGACGAAGUCUGGAUGGUUGAUUUUUAUUCUCCAUGGUGUCAGCCAUGUCAACUCUUAAUGCCAGAAUGGAAAAGAAUGGCCCGGACAUUAACUGGACUGAUUAAUGUGGGCAGUAUAGACUGCCAACAGUAUCAUUCUUUUUGUUCCCAAGAAGAUGUUCGGAGAUAUCCUGAGAUAAGAUUUUAUCCCAAAAAAUCAAAUAAGAAGGAUCAAUAUCAUAGCUACAGUGGUUGGAAUAGGGAUGCUUAUUCCUUAAGAAUCUGGGGUCUUGGAUUUUUACCACAAGCAUCAAUAGAUUUAACACCUUCAACUUUCAAUGAAAAGGUUUUACAAGGGCAAAAACAUUGGGUGAUUGAUUUUUAUGCUCCUUGGUGUGGACCUUGCCAAAAUUUUGCUCCAGAAUUUGAGCUUUUGGCUAGGAUGAUUAAAGGAAAAGUCAAAGCUGGAAAAGUAGACUGUCAGGCUCAUGUUCAGACGUGCCAGAAAGCUGGCAUCAGAGCCUACCCAUCUGUUAGAUUUUACCCCUAUGAAGGCAGAAAGAAAAAUAUUUGGGGAGAGCAUAUUGAUAGCAGGGAUGCAAAAGAGAUUGCUGCCUUAAUAUAUGAAAAACUGGAGAAUCUUCAAGAUCAUGAAAAGAGAAAUAAGGAUGAACUUUAAUGAAGUUAAAGUUGAAGAAAAAUUGGAAAGAAAUCCUCACAAAUUACAUCAGAAGAUAAUCUUUAGAAUGUUUCUACAUCUUGAUGAAAAUAAGUGAACAUUAUCUUGGACUUCACUUGCACUGUUUGAAUUCUGUACUACAGUACUAUAAAUGAAGGGUCUGUGUAUACCUUUUUGUAAAAGAUGAGAUCAUAAAAAUUUUUAUUUUAUUUCUGGCAUUUUCUUAACUUUGUCUUGUUUACACCCUUCUGCACUCAGGGCUACACACAGAAAGGCUAUAAGCUAAACUCUGUGGGCCAUAGGAUGCUGACCCCUGGAAAUGAUGAUUAGGUUUGCUAGCAUGCAUGUCUUAAGAUGUACGAAAAGAACUUUUUUUUUCUGGGUCAUACUGGCGGCACUCGGAUUACUCCUGGCUCUGC